AUGGACGUUACGGGUCUUGCCGUCGGUAUCGUGGAUCUCUACACCACAUGUCGAGACUGUUACAACUUCUUCACCACUUCAAUUCUCAAAGCAUGGGGCUUCCAUUGGCAAAUUCACAGCGAGGGCGGCAGAGAACCAGAACAUUCCGAUCCCACCAGACGAAAGCGAACCAAACUUCAUGAGUACCUCUUGAGCAACCGAUUUAAGGCCGAAGGCGUCUUCAACACUCUUUCUGCCCUUGCAGAUACACUAUCCGAUCAAGAUAAACUCACCAAGCGCUAUGGUAUCCGGUUUCAACCAGCCCAGGCCAUCCAAGAUGGGUCGCAGUUGAUGAAUAACGUCCAAUUUGCCAUCUCGGGCACAACAAUUGAGGAUGCCAAGCCUGUGAUCAGUGAAAUCAGGAGUCGUCUCUCUCUGCUUAAUAAGUUUAAAUGGUCUUUGAAAGACAAGGACAACUUCAAGAAACUUAUUGCCGACUUGAGAUCUCAUAGCGAUUCGCUCUAUCGCCUUUGCCCCGAAAUCGCAUUCGAGUCAAUGAACAUAUAUCUCACUAUGGAAUGUUUAGCCAGGGAGGAGUCGCCAACAAGCCUGAAGUGGACUUCAAGCCUCGCAACUCAGCUUGCAGAAGUCGAUGAACAGUCUUCAGUGCGGGAAGGUUACGAAUUGCUGGCUUCGGCGGCCACUUUGAAAGCAUCGGUUAAUCAAAAUAGAGAUAGGAUGCACGCAGAUGACAGCACUCUCACCAGCGUUGAAGAAGAGCAACGCGAGAUGCGGUAUCUGGGAAAGGGCCUCGCCCUAUUUGAAGGACAGGUCGUUUACGUGGAAAUGCGAGACUAUCGUGGACCGCCGCUGGAACUCACUCCAGAGCAGAAACAGAAAUUAAAGCGCCGUCGAAACCGGGCGCGCUUCUUGGCAUCAUUUCCAAUGGAUAACACGAUGAACAGCCAUUACGGCAGGGUUGACAUGGACCAGACCCAUCAACAAUACGACAGCGACGAAUCUGAAAGUGACGAAGUGAUAGAGGCGGUCAGACCAGCCGAUCCCAAGCUUCGCACUCUCAUCAGGAACUUCGUUAACACCUUCCAAGGUGAGAAUAAUAUGAAAAGCGUAUAUGGUUUGGAUAUCGCCGGUAUGAUAGACCACACAGAAAGCGAACACAAAGGUCAUUGCAGCAUUCUCUACAGACUCCCCGGCACAACUGGCGUUCAGAGUCGCGAUCGGCCUGCAGAAAACCUGAAGCUUCGCGCACCAGUGACGCUGGAGUCCCUGCUUGGAACCAAGCAGAAACAAGGCAUCCGAUCUACACUCGGCGCGCGUUUUGAGCUGGCUAGAAAGCUUGUGCAUGCUGUUUGCCUACUUCACUCUAGUGGCUGGCUGCACAAGAACAUACGCGCGGACUCAGUAAUAUUCUUUCCGGAACAUGCGAAUGCGCUUCAGGAAGAUCGAUACGAGGUCAAAUUUGAGAUCGAUGUCUCAAAGCCUAUUCUGAUGGGUUACAUCUUCUCACGGCCAGACGACAUCAUGAUUUCGUCGGCAACAGAACAACCCAGUGAAAAGGGACGCAGGGCACAUAGCACCACUCAGAGGUGGUAUGACCCGAUGGAUAAGACAGUAGAGUUGAAACGUAGAUCUGGAACUCCUCGGGGUGGCGCCAUAUACGGUCCCGAAACGCUACGGAAGGGACCUGCGAAGGAGCAAACGAAAGAGACAAACAUCAGUGGCUUCAUGCUUGACUAUUAUCAACAUCCUGCGAAGCACGCGGAUCCAAAGCGCCUCUAUCGCCACGCAUAUGACAUAUACUCGCUGGGUAUUCUUCUGCUUGAAGUUGGGUUAUGGGAGAAAUUGAAGAACUACGAAGACACACGCGCAGAGUAUAACAGGCGCGAUUAUUACGAAGAGAUUAUUGUUACUCGAAGAAGUGUACCCGAUUAUGACGAAGACGAUCAUAAUAAGCGAAGGCACAUAAAUCCCGAUUACGAUGAAGAGGAUCAUUACGAGCGAAGACGAUGGAUUUGUCGAGUGUACCUUGAUCGCCUCAGAUGGGCAUGUGGAGACAAAUAUGCGGAUGUUGUUCUCAGCUGUCUCAUGAUUAAUAGCAGUGACGACGAAGUGGCGAAAGCGAGCGAGAGGGAGCUUUGUGCCAGAAUUAUAGCUGACUUGGAGGGCUGUCAAGCUUAG